AUGGACCAUCAUACAUGGAAUCGCUUUAGUUGCCUCUUGGAUGCUCCGGUAGAUCCAUGUGUCGAGGCCAUCAAACACUGGCAAUAUGUCCACACCGAGAGAAGCAGAGUGGACAACCUGCUAGCCGAAAUUUGUGACGAUUCAGAUACCUUCGACGCUUCCGAGUCUUGGGCCAUCGAGCAAGAAGCCAUUGUUGCAGAGUUGUACCGCCAUCUUGAUGAGGUAUACAACACUUUCGAACGAGGCGACCACUCCAAAUUCGUUACCCGCGCACCGUCAACAAAGAAGCCGUCUACCCCUGCACCUAUACCCAAAUACGCCUUCAAGGAAUGGCGCAAGCAAUGCUGGAAGAUGUCUGAAAAGUCUGAACUCAUCAGGAAUUUACCACGACCUCCAUUCAUUCCAUGCUCAAAAGUUGGCUGUGACAACACUCUUGCAUCCUUCAAAUCUUGCGUACACAGCCUGGAAACAUUAUAUCGCAAUGCUGAGCUCAAUCACAAGGAGCUGAUUAAAGAACGUAAUUUCUGGCAUCCGGAUCGCUGGAGCAGAGUACCUCAGCCUCACAGGCAAGAAGUAGAGCGCAUGGCAAUACUGGUCUUUCAAGCACUCCAGCCACUUUGCGACCGUGUAAAGUGA